AAAAAAAAAAAACAAACAGUUCAAAAGAAUUAAUAAAGAUUGGCAAUUGGCACCAAAGAUGGGAUCCAUACAAUAAUAUAUAUUUUGGAAAUUUCUAUAAUUUUUUAUUAUUUAAAUAUUUUCGUGGGCAAUCUUUCUCUCCCUAUGUAUUUCAAAAUUGAGUUCUAUAAAUUGAUGGUCAUAUUUUUUAACGCAUUAUAAAGUUACAACUCAUAAGUCAGAGAGAUCGUAAGCAACCCAUAAUCGCUAAUUCAUGGCAAGCAAAGAUCCAGUGCUUUCUCCUUCCCUUCCAUGGAAGACUCGCAUCACCUGUGGAUUACUCAAUUUCUGCACUGAUAUCUCUCGUCGAAACAAUGGCACUAUUAACCGCCGCUUACUCAGUCUCUUCGAUAUCAGAUCUCCCACCACACCCUCCGCAGUUAAGGGAGUCUCUUCCUCCGACUACACCCUCGACGCAUCUAGAAACCUCUGGUUUCGUAUCUUCGUCCCCAGCUCAGCUUCCGCCUCAGGCCCGAAAUCCCUCCCCGUCUUCAUCUUCUUCCACGGCGGUGGCUUCGCCUUCCUAAGCCCCGAUACAAUCGUAUACGACGCUGUCUGCCGUAAACUAGCUAGAAAAAUCCCUUCCAUCGUAAUCUCCGUCAACUACCGUCUCUCACCAGAGCACCGCUACCCUUGUCAGUACGAAGACGGGUUCGACGUGAUCAAGUAUCUUGACGGAGAAGGAAUCCUCCCGGAGGAAGCCGACGUAUCCAAAUGCUUUUUAGCGGGAGACAGUGCCGGGGCCAACCUAGCACACAACGUGGCAGUGCGUGUUGCGGAGGAGAGUGCGAGCUUGAAGGCGGUUAGGGUGUUGGGUUUGGUGACGAUACAGCCGUUUUUCGGAGGUGAGGAGAGGACGGCGGCGGAGCUACGGCUGAGAUCGGCGCCGAUUGUGAACUUGGACCGGACUGAUUGGAUGUGGAAGGCGUUCUUGCCAGAGGGUUCGAAUCGGGACCACGAGGCUUCGAAUGUGAGUGGGCCACGUGGCAAAGACAUAUCGGGUUUGAGGUGUUUUCCGAAGACGCUGGUGUUCGUGGGUGGGUGGGACCCGCUUCAAGAUUGGCAGAGAAAGUAUUAUGAGUGGUUGAAGAAAUCGGGGAAAGAGGCUGAGAUGAUUGAGUAUCCGGAUAUGAUCCACGCUUUUUAUUUGUUUCCUGAGAUUCCCGGUUCUCACCAAUUGUUCACGCAACUCAAGGACUUCGUACUUAAUUGUAUCUCUAAUUCCAAAUAAAACCUAAACUUACAGCUAGUCUCUGUCUCCAACAUUAUGUACUACGUACUCGAUCAGAUUGAAUAAAUUAAUUAUUGCAUUAUUAA